CAUAGUAGCAGGGGAGAAUCAGAAAAGACGACCAAGAGUCAUUGAAGAAGAUAAUGAACAGUAAGGCGAGAGAGGAAUUGGGCACCGUUAUCAGCCUAGAGCGCGAAAGGGCAAAAUCACAGUCGGCUGCAGACCCGUCGUUUCCCUGCCAGUUGGUCAUCAUUGCGCCGCCUGACGCGGCGCAACCUGAAGGGGCCACGUCGCUCCUUUCAGCCCUCCUCUCCCUAUAUAAAGGCCUCCACCCCUCUUCUUUGUUCACUUUCCGCGAUCAAGUCUUAGAGCUUUCACCGGUCAAGUUCCUUCUCUUUGCUAUCCAGCCCUCCGAGUCAAGUAAGUUUCCCCUUCCUUCUCUUUCUUCUUUCCCGGCCAUGUCUUCGUUUAGCGAUAGGAUCUCGUCCUCAGAGGACUGCUCCUCUGAGGAUUCCAACUCAUCUUCCUCGACCGAGUCUUCUUCUCCUGAAUCCACGCCCGGUCAGGUUCCCAACUCUUCUAUUCCCGACCCGCAUCCUGUUAACCAGAUGCCCGGUGAAAAUUUCGUGGGGAGGGAUGACCCGGUCGAUGAUGAACCGGGCCCCUAUGUCCCUGAAAACGAAACCCGGGAUGCAUGGGAGGAACGGCUUCAUGCUGCCGGUUACUUUCCGCUCCCCACCUUCUACGUCCUUGACAUCCCUUCCCGUGUAUCCAAAAUCGCCUUAAACAAAAUUCGUAGGAGGCUCCCGGAUGGGUAUACCCUCCUGUAUGAACCCAACUGGCCGAACAUUGUCGAACCCCACCGGGAGGACAGGAUAGGGUUCCAUACCAUAUCACUAGAUGCGGGCAUAGUUUUUCCCCUUCGCCCCCUCCUUACCGAAGUUUGCCAUGCGUUUAGGAUUUUGCCCGAUCAAAUAACACCUAACGCCCACCGGUAUCUCCAUUCCUUUGUAAAUAUCUGUACUCAUUUGAAAAUCUUCCCCUCUCUGCGUCUUUUUCUCUUUUGCUUUGAAGUCCUACCGGGCGGAUCUGGCUGCGAAGGUUUUGUAUUCUUCAAAGCACGUACCGGUAGGAAGUUCAUUUCCGAAGUCCCCCAGAGUAACCGGGGAUGGAAGGAAAAGUUUGUUUUUAUCGAGUUUCCCCCCUUCGUCACUCCUCUGGCCGGUCUGAAAUGGAAUGACCAUCUCCUCGACCAAGAGUAUGCUGCACCGGCUUCCUCCCCUGACUUGGAAGCAAGUCUUGAGGUCCUUAUGCGCGGCGAUCCAUACACCGGGAGGGUCUUCCACUACGGCAGCUGGGUCUGGAGGGUCGAGUCGGGUGGUGAGGGUACCUCCCAGGCCCAUGAAGCAGCGGGGCGCGGGGUACCCUCCCCGGGCAACACUGCAGAGGCUGAGGGCCAGAACCACCCAGAUAUGGAGGUCGAAGAGUUCGCCAUCCCCGACGACCAACCAGCGGGGGAGACCGGGGGCUCCCAAACCAACACUGCCAGGACCUUCCCGGUCAAUCCAGAGACCGUGGAAAUCCUUGACGAAGAGGAGCCCCAAGACGACCGGUCUAAGGGGAAGGAAAAGGAAAAGACCGGCCGUCGGACGAAAAAGGUGGCCACCACGCACCCUUCUUACGCUAAGAAGAGGGCAAGGUCAGAUCCUAAGCCGGCCGACCAGUCCAUCGAGGAGGCUUUCGUCAAUCUGGGGCUGAGGCUGAAGGAGGCGGGGGAGAUUGGACCCCUCACAGCUGACCGGCUUGGUUUAGGCUCUCCCUCGGAGUUUGCCCGGCUGAAGAAGGAGAAGGAGGAGAUGGCCCUCAUCUUGAAGAGCCAGGCUGAUGAGCUGAUCAGGCUGUCGGGGCUAGCCGGGGCCAUGAAGACCGAGAUCUCUCAGCUGAAGGAGGAGAAUGGCCGGCUCAUGGAUGAAGUCUCUGAGGCCAAGAGGGAAGCAGCGGAGAAGGAAGAAACCUUCCCCGGGCGCGCAGUCGCCUGGGUUGAAGAGAACAAGGCCGCUGCUGUCCGGGUGCUGACAGCGACGCCAGAGACCGCGAUGGAGUCCUUCAGGCUUCUGUACCGGGAGCCUGAAGGAAGGAAAAUGAUUACCGCGAUUGGAUCCUUUGGAUUCAAGAGCGGUCAAAAGAAGGACCGGAUCGCCUCUCACCGGGUACUUCUCAGAACAGACCCGAGCUUCAGCGCGGCAAUCUACGGCCUGGCUCCAAUCCCGGAAGAAGAGCCGACUCCCCCCUUCCCCCUUGACUAAUCUCCCCGGCUGCGCCCGGUUAUUUUUGUAAAACUUUUAGCAAAAAUUUCCCCGGGUAUGCCCGGUGUACUUGUAAACAUUUGACAUUUCCAAAUUUAAAUGCCAUGUUUGUUUUUCUACCCGGUUAAGCUUGCUUCCUGGUUGAUGUUUUCAUUUUUGCUCCUUAGAAUGUCAUCGUAGGAUUUUCGACCGGUACAGUAAUCAACCACUAUUGCGUUC